AUGCCCCAGUCCAAGCAUGCCCCAGUCCAAACAUGCCCCAGUCCAAACAUGCCCAUCCAAACAUGCCCCAGUCCAAGCGGGCCCCAGUCCAACCAUGCCCCAGUCCAACCAUGCCCCAGUCCAAGCAUGCCCCAGUCCAAGCAUGCCCCAGUCCAAGCAUGCCCCAGUCCAAGCAUGCCCCAGUCCAACCACAUGCCCCAGUCCAAGCGGGGUCCCAGUCCAACCACAUGCCCCAGUCCAAGCAUGCCCCAAUCCAACCAUGCCCCAGUCCAACCAUGCUGCAGUCCAACCAUGUCCCAGUCCAAGCAUGCCCCAGUCCAAGCGCGGGGCCCUCAGUCCAACCACAUGCCCCAGUCCAAGGGCCCCCAGUCCAAGCAUGCCCCAGUCCAAGCAUGCCCCAGUCCAAGCAUGCCCCAGUCCGCCACGCCCCAGUCCAAGCACGCCCCAGUCCAACCAUGCCCCAGUCCGGGCAUGCCCCAGUCCAACCAUGCCGCAGUCCAAGCAUGCCCCAGUCCAACCAUGCCCCAGUCCAAGACAUGCCCCAGUCCAACCAUGCCCCAGUCCAAGUGGGCCCCUGAACCAAGCAUGCCCCAGUCCAACCAUGCCCCAGUCCAACCACAUGCCCCAGUCCAAAUCCCCAUGCCCCCCAGUCCAACCAUGCCGCAGUCCAAGCAUGCCCCAGUCCAACCAUGCCCCAGUCCAAGUAUGCCCCAGUCCAAGCAUGCCCCAGUCCAAGCAUGCCCCAGUCCAACCCAUGCCCCAGUCCAAGCAUGCCCCAGUCUUACGUACCUUUAA